AUGAUGAAGCGGGUCAUCUGGCUGAUAUCAGGAUUAAACAGAAGAAUGAUGAAGCUACUUUUUGCCCUCGCUUUGAUCGCCUACAUUGCCUCUGUCUGGGCGACACAUGCGAACAUGAGAUCAAUACAAGAACAUGGAGAGAUGAUCGAGCAGAGAAUUGAUGAAGCUGUGGGGCCUCUCAGAGAGAAGAUUCGUGAUCUGGAACAAAGUUUUUCUCAGAAAUACCCACCUGUGAAAUUCCUGUCAGAAAAAGAUCGGAAGAGAAUUUUGAUUACUGGUGGGGCUGGUUUUGUGGGUUCCCACCUUACUGACAAGCUGAUGAUGGACGGCCAUGAGGUGACUGUGGUGGACAACUUCUUCACAGGAAGGAAAAGAAAUGUGGAGCACUGGAUUGGCCACGAAAACUUUGAGCUGAUCAAUCAUGAUGUGGUGGAGCCUCUGUAUAUUGAGGUGGACCAGAUCUAUCACCUGGCGUCUCCGGCCUCUCCUCCCAACUACAUGUACAAUCCCAUCAAAACACUCAAGACCAACACUAUUGGCACGCUUAACAUGCUCGGUCUGGCCAAACGUGUGGGCGCCAGACUUCUCCUGGCUUCUACUUCCGAGGUUUAUGGAGAUCCAGAGGUGCACCCACAAAAUGAGGAGUACUGGGGGCACGUGAACCCAAUUGGUCCUCGAGCAUGCUAUGAUGAGGGGAAACGUGUAGCAGAGACUAUGUGUUAUGCCUACAUGAAACAGGAAGGAGUAGAGGUGAGGGUGGCAAGGAUCUUCAACACAUUUGGUUCCCGAAUGCACAUGAAUGAUGGACGGGUUGUCAGUAACUUCAUCCUGCAGGCUCUACAGGGAGAACCUCUAACUGUGUAUGGUAGUGGUUCCCAAACAAGAGCCUUUCAGUAUGUAAGCGAUCUGGUGAACGGCCUUGUGUUGUUGAUGAACAGCAACAUCAGCAGUCCAGUCAAUCUGGGGAACCCAGAAGAACACACCAUAUUGGAGUUUGCUCGACUCAUCAAAAGUCUCGUCGUGAGCCGAAGUCAGAUCCAGUUCCUUCCAGAGGCACAGGAUGACCCACAGAGGAGAAGACCAGACAUCCGGAAAGCCAAGAUGAUGCUCGGCUGGGAGCCGGUGGUGCCCCUGGAGGAAGGCUUGAACAAAACUAUCCAGUACUUCAGCAGGGAACUCGAGCACCAGGCCAACAACCAGUACAUCCCCAAACCUAAAGCCGCUCGCAUGAAGAAAGGAAGACCCAGACACAACUGAAGUGUGGUUGACCACCACAGACUCAAAACACAGAAGGAUGUUAAGACUCCUCAGAGGACCCUUCAAGACUCAUUCUCUCUGAAAUACACUGUUUGAGUAGGGCACUCUGGGAUAUGGUGUCUUUUUUUGAGAAGCAGAGAAAAACUUUCUCUUUAAAAAAAAAAAAAAAAGGACAGUGUUGCUUUGCAUUGGAGUUGCGGCUGCACUGUGGGGUAAGGGCUUCCUCACCGAAGCUUGAAUGGACAAGCCUGAA